GUGGUUACGGCGGCGGCGAGCUCCGUUCCAAGGCGAUGAUUUCCGCGGCGGCGACCCAGGGUUACGGCGCGUCUCGUCCUUCCUAAUCUGCACUCUCCGUCCGGCAAUCCCUCCGGAGGCCACUCCGUCCUCCCGAGAUCCGAAGAUACCCUGAUGGACCAACGAAGCAGUAGUGGAUAUACUAGCAGUCAAGAAUUCUCUGUAAAAAGCAAACACGGUUCUUCCAAGAGGAUGGCGAGAUCAUUGGUGGCGGUGGAGCUUCACCUUCUGCCCCAUGAUGUGCUGCGUGAUAUACUGUCGCGGUUAUCAAUCAGAGAUGUCGUGAGGAUGAGCAUACUCUCUCGUGAAUGGAGACAGCUAAGGAUCUGCCACCCAGACCUGGUGCUCACCCUAUACACCUUCUUAGAAACUGAGACUACUGAAUUCAUCACCAAUGUGAACAAUCUAUUGCGCCCACUGUGGUCUACUUCUACUACAACUACGACUACGCUGGACAAGUUUGCAGUCGAAUUUGGGCUUCGCAGAAAGCACCAGUAUCACAUUGAUAGAUGGGUUAACUUCGCCACCGCGUCAAGGGCUAAGCACAUUGCUCUAGAUUUCACAGAAUUCACUUUCUUCGACUCUACGUGUUGCAAGAACAUGUAUAUUUUCCCUCUGUGCAAAUUCAGUGGUCAAAACGGCUCUUGUGUCAAGUCUCUUAAUCUGGGCUACGUAUGUUUAAAACUGCCCCUCAGUUUCUGUGGUCUCACAAACCUUAAGAAACUCACGCUAAAUAUGGCAUCGAUCAGUGGAAGUGAUCUCCAGUGCCUAUUGCUGAGCUGUGCUCUUCUCGAGAGUAUAAGCAUAGAGCGGUGCUCCUCCUUCUCAAGUCUACGCAUACGACAGGAGCUGUACCGGUUGCAGUACCUGCGUGUGCGCCAUUGCAAACUGAAAAUGAUAGAGUUGUGUGCUCCGAAUCUUACCAAAUUUGAGCUUGACGAGGAUCUGACGGAAAUUGUGCUCAUUCAAUGUUUGAAGUUGUCAGAGGCAACAUUCGUGUCAAACAUGAGAGAGCACUCAUUUGACAACUAUGGUUUCAGGUUCACCUUCACCGACCUUCCAACUGCCCUUCCUCAUGCGCAUAAACUACUCCUACUUUUGAAUGUUGAUCAGGUUUGCUCUUGA